AAUAUGGCUGAAGCAGUGGUGGUGAAUACCGCGUCCGAGGCGGAGUCGGAGAUAAUUUUUGAAUGUGAUAUCCUUGACGAUCAUGAAAAACUUUUAAGGAACUACCUACCCAAUGGCUAUCACUACAGAGUGUGGCUCUUCGAAGCAUCGGAAGAUAAUCCAGAGAAUUUCAAGGCCAUCGUAUGGAUGAAGGUUUCAACGCAGGAGGAGGCCGAAGCAUGGUUCAAGUCUUUGAUGGGAAAAUCAACCAUCACAUGGAGGGUCAGAAAGACGUACCCAAAUUUUCAAAAAGUUCCAAAGUUCAGGAGGAGAAAUGCAUUCAGGGUGGAUUAUGGAUGCCAACAUAAUACUCGUCCAGCCAAAAAGGAACAGGUUCGAAAGUCCUCAAAGCACACUUCGUGUGAGGCCCGGGUCUACCUGGUCGUUAAGCGGCAAAGGGACAAGAGCGGUAGAUGGAACCGGUCAAUAGAUCCCCACAUCCGUCGAGGGUACCUGACGAAAUGCACCAUAUACAACAUUCAUAACCACUCCAUCCGGAGCGCCGAAGCAAUGCGAAGACGUGAUGUGUCGGAAGACACCAGGGCCAGGCUCCUGCAGUUCUAUGAGGAUGGCUACAAACCUAUUGGAGCUCUUGAAGCCCUCAAGAGAAGUCUCCAGGAGGAGUAUGGGUCAGACUAUGCAGAGAAGUCGGCGGACAGGUCGCUUUGUCCAGACAUCCAAUACUGCUAUAGAUUGUACUACUCCAUUUACAAGCCAGACUGCCAUCAACGGAUACGAAAAAGUCUUCUAGAAGCAAUAAAAUCAAAGCUAGAACUCAAUGACGUAAACAACAACCUUCACAAGAUAGCCACCACGAAAGAAGGUCACACCGUUAUCGCAAUAUGCUCGGGUUCCAUGAGGCGGACACAUGAAUUCUGGCCAACCAGCAAGGAGCUAUGCUAUCUUGAUACAAGGGUAGGCCUUGAGAGACAGAACUGGAAGGUCACUUUCCUCUUGACCCCGAGUCCCAUAGGAGAACUUCCCCUUGGGAUUCUUCUUUCUUCCUCAGGUACUCCAGAGACUCUCACCCUGGGUCUCCAGCUGCUGCACAAGCUCUUGCCCCAGUUCUCGUUCUUUGAGCGCGGGCACAGUGGACCAAGCACAGUGAUAACCAGGGACGACGCUGACGAGAUGCUGGCCCUGCACGAGGUCUACCCUACGGCGGAACUGCUCAUAAAUCCCCACGCUGUCAUCCAAACCGCAAAGGACUGGCUGUGGGAUCCUGGAAACAGGAUCGGCAAGGUGGAUCGGGUAGAGCUUCUGCGACACCUCAAGGCUGUCGUUGAUGCGAGGACACCGGACGAGCUGAACUUCCUGUACGACCUCGCGAAGCAGGAUGCAGAGAAUCGCGCAUACAAGGAGUACGUUGAUUAUCUGGGGGAGCUUUACGAGCGAAGGGAGAUGUGGUCUGUGGCACUCAAGAGAAUUCCUGCUUUGUUUGAUAACCAAGUCUUACCAUCAGCCAAGGUGCCAUUGAAUAAGAUGCUGAAGAAGGCCAAGGGGUAUUCAGUUUUGAUGCUUAUUGAUGACUUACUUCAUCAGUUAUGUUCUUACUACGUGCGAAAGCUGAUCGAUGCUGGGAAUAAUCGUCUGGGACGAGUGAUCUUUCCUUGGAACCCUAAGGAAUCCGAAGGCACAGAAACAGUUGUGAAUAAGGUGAAUGAGGUUGACUAUGAAAUCCUUGUUGAAUCGGAUGGCCAAACCACCACCUUCAAUGUUAACAUGGAACAGGGUCUUUGCGGCUGCCAUGUUGAUAUAGCACGCAUCCCCUGCCGACACCAGAUGGCAGUGUACAAGAAGUUUGGGAAGAACUGCGGAACCUUCUUCCCGGCAGAGCUCAGGUCGUUGUUCACCAAGAUCGCUACAGGUAAAGAGAGUCAGGAUGACGUAUGGUACCAGCCCUUGUCUGUCAGCAAGGAAAUCCAGAUCACUGCUGAUGGCAAGGAGGUCAUUUUUGCUGACGAUAUCCAAGUGGAAGAGGCCCUGAUAGAACUCUCUAGUGCCAUUGAAGAGCAAGUAGCCUUAGGGAUGAUCGAAGGCAAUGACGAUAGUGAUGAUGAAGAUGUGGAGGAGACGCAGAGUUAUGAACCACACGAAGCGCAUCAACAGCUCCAGAAGGUCUUUGCUGACUUGGAGAAGAGGCUGUUGGACGAUCCUGUGGCCUUCGAAGGACCUGUCCUGGACUUUGCCAAGAACUAUGUGGAGGCCUCUGAACGUGGCCAGCUGUUGUCAGCAUUGAAUUCCUUCGGCCAGGAUGGAAGUGCCGGCUGGAAGAUUCAAAGGAUGGAUGAAGAUACUGCUCCAGACACCUCUCGGUUGCACGCUGUGGCUGAGUCAGCGGAAAUCCACCUUAGGAAGAGGGCUGUGCAUCCAUCAUGACCCUCGUUGCGAUUCUGUGUACAGGGAAGCAAUACAACUAUGCUUGUCAUGUGCCAAAGAAGUGCAGGGCUCUGUAAUACAAAGGUUUGCGUGAAUUGCAAAUAUGAAAUAACCACACUGAUUGGUUCCCGGUCAGUAUUUUAAACAGAGUGUGCAUGCAACGAUGAUCCUGAUUGGUACUUAGCGGUUGAUUGCAAACCUUUGUGUUACGGAGCCCAGGUGAUGAUGUCGAUCAGUAUUGGUGCUGGCAGUAAAGCUUGAAUAUGGAGAGUAUUUCAUCAACAAUUUUCAUUUGUCAGAGCUGUCAACUUUCCUGGUUUUUGAUUGACUGAGAAGUGCUUUGACUGUAAGUGUAAUUGUGAGAUAAAACAGUACUUUGAUGGAUAAAAUUCCAUGCAAAUCCUUUCAUUGCACACUUCUUCCAAGGUUGUCUUACAAAGCACCAAACCCCAAUUCUGAUUUUAUACAGAAAUGAUACCACCCUCAAAUUGUUGAAAACUCAUUACGUACUGAUUUCACUUGCAAAUACAGAAAAGGGAA